GGGGGGGGGGGGAGGGGGGGAUGUCGAUGAUGUCGGACGAUGCGUUGUGUGGAUCGUGGCUGUCCAACCAGGCGGAUGAAGCAGGCUGCGUGUGACGACUCCGAGGGGACCAACCAAAUGGAUCUCGAGCGACGAUGGUAGCGGAGAGGGCGGCCGGGAGAUGGAGAGAUAGGUGAGUAAGUGGAUGUGCCGACUCGGAAUAAUGGUGGUUCGCUAUAGGCUUCUCUCUCUCUGGUGGGGGUUCUGGCUCGUGGGGUGUCGGUCCGCGUUCACCCUCCGGACUCGACAACCGAAAUCGAUUAGUAGUGGCUGGAGUGGGAGUGUUCGAUCGAACACGGGAGGCCGUGUGAAUGCCCAGGCUCGUUGGACUUGUUGGCUUGUCGCUGGCUCGUCCUGUCCUGCGCGUUCUCUAUUUCCUCCUCCUUCGAGUCCGUCUCGCUGCUGUCUGCUGUCGCUCGCUCGUCGGUCCGUCCGAAUUGGCUCCAAUCGCAGGCGGUCUGAGGGUGUCGAUGUGAGCGAUCCGGUGUCGGUGUGAGCGAUUCGAUGGCGAUACCGUAAUGGCGACUAUCACGAUCGGUGCUGUUGCAAUGUCGUAGUAUGUAUUUUUGGCUUUCGCGGGGAGAGAGAAGAAACAACCCUCCUUCACCGUCUUCGUCUUCUUCUUCGUCUUGUCGCCCACGAUGCCCCGGGGCACCCGGGGUACAAGUACUCUACUCCACCA